AUGUGGGCGCCGGGCGGCCCGCCGGGGCCCGCGGGCUGGGACCGCCGCAGGGUGGGCGCCAGGCUGCGCGCGGCCCUCGCGGGGCUGCACGAGCUGCAGGGACUCCGCGCCAGGCAGCAGGCGCGCGUGUGGGGCGCCCUGGCCGUGCAGCCCCCGCCCGGGCCCGCCGCCCCCCGCGGCCCCCGCGCCCACGAGCUGCGGCUGGAGGCGGCGCUGGCGGCGCUGCAGGAGCAGCUGAACCGUUUAAGACUUCAGGACGUCGGCCUGAAAACCCACUUGGACCAGCUGGACCAGCAGAUCAGCGAGCUGCAGCUGGACGUGCGCAGAACCUCCAGCGAGGCCCCGGACAGCGACAGCAGGCCCAGCUCGGGCUUCUACGAGCUGAGCGACGGCGGCUCCCUGUCCACCUCCUGCACGUCCGUGUGCAGUGACCGCGUGUCCUCCUCGCUGGGCGCUGUGCUGCCCGCCACCCCGAAGGCCAGGCCCGGCGCGGGGGACUGCCGGCCCCGGUCAGCAGAUGAGACCACCGUGUGUGGGGUCCCCCUGCCUGCGUGGGAGCCCCAGGCCAGUGAGGGGGGCGCCGGCCAGCUGCUGCAAGGCGAGUCCCGGCCCCGCCCGGUGUCCACAGGUGACCUUGAAAAAGUCCUGCCGGCUGAAGUGGGGCUCCAGAAAGCCAGGGCACACCCCAAGGCCACUUCGUUCCUCUGCCGCGGCAUGGACCCCAAGUACCAGUGUGACCUGGUGUCCAAGGGGGGCAGGGAGGUGUACCCGUACCCCAGCCCCCUGCACGCCGUGGCUUUGCAGAGCCCCCUCUUCACUCUGACCAAGGAGACAGCGCCGAGCGAUGGCCGAGCCCCAUCCCAGCAGGGCUGUUGCAAUAAAAGGCUUCUCGUCUUAUUUAAAAUGAACAUCCGUUCACACCCUUCCACGGCCCUCGUGGCCGCCGCCGGGGACUAG